CGGGGCCGAGCCCGGCGCCCGGCCCCGCGCGAGAGAAGGGCUCCGGCAAGAGGGGCCCGGACCGCGGCAGCCCCGAGUACCGGCAGCGGCGCGAGCGCAACAACAUCGCCGUGCGCAAGAGCCGCGACAAGGCCAAGCGGCGCAACCAGGAGAUGCAGCAGAAGCUGGUGGAGCUGUCGGCCGAGAACGAGAAGCUGCACCAGCGCGUGGAGCAGCUCACCAGGGACCUGGCCGGCCUGCGGCAGUUCUUCAAACAGCUGCCCAGCCCGCCCUUCCUGCCGCCCGCCGGCGCCGCCGACUGCCGGUAACGCGCGGCCGGGCGGAGAGACUCACCAACGACCGAUACCUCAGCCCGACGGCCCGGGGCGCGGGCAGCCGCGCCGGCUGCAGUUUCUUUGGGACGAGGGAGCGAAAGGAAGCUCCAGCCUGGACUUGCUGCCUCUGGACCGCGAGAGAAGCUAUACGUGUUUAUUUUCCCUUAAAUUAUUUUUAUAAUGGUAGCUUUUUCUACAUUUUACUCCUGUCGAUGCAGCUAAGGUACAUUUGUAAAAAAGAAAAAGACCUUCCAGACAAACUCUUUGUAUUGCAGAUAAAAGGUUUUUAAAAGACUGAGCAUGCUCUUUUUUAUAUUAAUUUUUACAGUAUUUGUAAGAAUAAAGCAUUUAAACUCG